UCGAUUCAUACUGUUGUGAAAAUCCCAGUGGAGGUGUCACUCGAUUCAAUCUGUUGUGAAAAUCAAGCGAAAGAUCAAGCAAAAUGCAUUCAUCAAAGAUCUUGGCGAUAUUCAUUAUCUUCUGUGCCGCAAUUCUGAUUAGCAAUGCCCUUCCCUACCGCGACGUAAGCGACGAGGACGAUGAUCGCUUCAACGAAAUCAGCGGCGAGUGGGGCAACCGAAAGCUAGUCUUCCCACGUCUCGACCGUCUCUUCGGCAGCGCCGAAAAGCCGUCGGGAAAUCUAAAGAAGAUAAAAGUCUCCACCAAAACCAAGAGAAAUAAUGACAGGGGUACCGCCAAUGGCGACACCACAGAGAGCUCCAAGCACGCCCAUUCAAUGAUCACAUCGAUGCUGACAUUCGUGAGCAGCGUCAUGAACUUUGGCAGGUCCUUUAUCAAGGAUCAGUAACUUUAGGAAAUAAAUGUGCAAUUUUAUAAAUUAAAACCUCGUGAAUCGUGAAUGCCAAAAUUAAUAAUACAUUUUCUGUAUAUAAAAGAACAAAAUAAAAUUUAAAAAAUAAAAUAAAUAUUAAUAUAAAAUAUAGUCUACAGUUUUUCCCAUU